AUGGCGUCCCCGGGCGGCCCCCGCAGCCUCCUGGUCUGGCUCCUCCUCCUUCAGCGCUGGCUCAGGGAGGCCCCGGCGGGCAGGUCAGCGACUCCCUCGCCCACUUCACCCCUCUUGGGAGGUGGCCUCGAGGACCCCACGGCGGACCAGCCAAGCCCUGGAGGGGGUUCUCCUUGCUACCCUGUCCUCACCCCAUCAUGUAGCCAAGUGUUCCUGAAAAUCGUGGGAGGAAAUCAGAGCGAAGAAGGGAAGUGGCCCUCGCAGGUGAGCUUGAGGGUCAGUGGCAGACAGUGCGGAGGUUCCCUCAUCACAGCUUAGUGGGUGCUCACUGCAGCCCACUGUAUUUUAAGCUGUUACCGCUACAGUGUCAUGAUGGGAGAUCGGAGUGUCUAUGGUGAAAUCUCAGGGUUGGUGGUUCCGAUCAGCCGAGUCGUUGUUCACCCUCAGUUCUCAACACGUGGAACCGUUAAAUAUGACCUUGCUCUUCUCCGGCUCUUCUACCCUGUAAAUUUCACUGGGGUCAUCCAGCCUAUAUGCAUCCCUGAGAAGACUUUGCAGGUGGAAGCUGGGACCAGGUGCUGGGUGACUGGAUGGGGCAAGCAACAAGAAUUCGGUGGCCCAUUUGUCUCAGUCUUUCUCCGGGAGAUGGACCAAUGUAUCAUCUACUAUGAAAAAUGUAAUGGGAUGGUCCAGAAGGCUAUGCCAACAGAUAAGGAUGUAGUACUGGAAGGAAUGAUCUGUGGCUAUAAUAGUAUAGGAAAGGAUUCUUGUCAGGGCUCGAACCCAUGUCCCCUAUUCUGUCAAUAUAAUACCACAUGCGUCCAGAUAGGGAUUGUGAGCUGGGGUGUCAGCUGUGGUCGUAAAGUUUCACCUGGAGUUUAUACAGAUACUGCCUUCUACACUAAGUGGCUAGUUGCAGUGGUGAACCAGGCUACCUCUUUGUAUCCAGUGGUGCUCCUCAUUCUACUGGUGUGUCUGGUGUUGCCUCUGGGCAUCCUGGUGACCCUGUGA